UCUCAGGGGUGAGUGAACCGCCUCAUUGUCUUGUCAUUUUAUUGCAUUCGUCUCUAAUAAUAAUACAUUAAUUAGUCGUCUUCACGCUUGUGGUACUGGGCGUGCAUUAAGUGAUCAUAGGUCGUGCAGCCAUGCCGAUGUGAGUAAUACCAGAGGUGUGGCAGCCGACCGACGUUUCGCGUCGUAUUCUCCUUCAAGUGACAGUAGUGAAAAAGUGAAAAAUACACUUCCUACACCGUUUCAAGAUGACCGAGUACAAAUUGGUGGUUGUCGGCGCUGGUGGCGUCGGCAAAUCCGCAUUGACUAUACAGCUUAUACAGAAUCAUUUCGUGGACGAGUACGAUCCUACGAUAGAGGAUUCGUAUAGAAAACAGGUGGUGAUAGAUGGUGAGACGUGUUUGUUGGAUAUCUUGGAUACGGCAGGGCAGGAGGAGUACUCUGCGAUGCGGGAUCAGUACAUGCGUACAGGAGAAGGUUUCCUGCUAGUUUUUGCAGUGAAUAGUGCGAAAAGUUUUGAGGAUAUAGGCUCGUACCGCGAGCAAAUAAAGCGAGUCAAGGACGCGGAAGAAGUGCCGAUGGUUCUGGUGGGAAACAAGUGCGACCUGCAGGCCUGGGCGGUGGACAUGACGCAAGCCAGAGAGGUGGCGCGGAGUUACGGCGUCCCCUUCGUAGAGACGUCGGCGAAAACGCGCAUGGGCGUAGACGACGCCUUCUACACCCUCGUCCGGGAGAUCCGCAAGGACAAGGAGGCGCGGGGCAAGAAGAGCCGGGGCAAGAUCGGCGGACGACGCACUAUCAAGUGUGCGCUCAUAUAAAUUGGUAACUAUUAACUGUCCAUUGGCUUGACCCCUUUGUAAAACUUUUGUCUGUCUUCUUACCUCUGCCACACACUCGACGAGCGGCGUGGGAAGUAGCGAGGGAAGCAGGCAGAGGCAUAGUGUGGCCGCGCUACUCGUCAUGUCCACCGCUUCCUAUUUUGUCGGUUUUUUGGCGCGAGUCAAAGGGACGGCAACAACCUAGUGCGAUAAUCGCGCGAGUAGGGCAGUGUGUGGCCGGGGAAGGCAACAUCGCGGCAGCGCGAGGAGCAUAGUGUGGCAGAGGUACCUAUAAACGGUUAGGAGAUCGUUGAGGGCACAAGACAUUUUAGUAGCUAAAUGUCCGUGAGACACAGGCAUAGUAUAUUAAAACGAGCCACAUGUUUUAACCAUUAAUAGGGCAGAAGAAUUUCGGAAAUUGUUAAAUUUGAAUUCUGUCAAAUUGUCAAUUAAGUCUAUAGUGGUAAAUAUAUGCCCCCUGCCCUAUUAAGGGUUAAGUAAGAUUGCAAAAUAUUCGCUCCGACGAUGCGCGUCCAUACGCGUUGCCUGACCGAAGAAGACUGCAGACUGUAGCUCUCCGCGACUAACAUGUGUGGUGAAAGGCUUCAAGCCUACCCUCAUUGUUGCAAUUAUUGUCACUUGUUGCUUAACCCUUCGUCUGUGUUUGAUAAGGAUUCUAACAUAAGGCGUUGGACUUUAAAAAUGUAUAUCAAAGUUAAAUAUUUUAUGACAAUUUUUUGACAGACACAGACGACGGGUUAAAAUACAUAAGUGGCUCGUUUUAAUAUAUUUAUCAGUACAUCUAAUAGUUUUUUCUUAUAAGAAAAUUCGUUGGGCCUUGCCUAUGGACUGUACGUUAAGUACUUUGAUAGUAAACAGUCCCAUACGACUAUCGCUAUGGGACGCGGGCUUCGGCAUAGUUGUACACCUUGGUGUGUUCUAACCAUUAUUCUGACAAAUUUUGACAGUCAAAUUUACCCUUGAUGCCCUAUCUAUAUAUGAACUAAAACUGAUAAUUUGGUGUGAUUGUUGAUACACGCAUUCCUCAUUUUUUACCACUUUUUUCCAUAAUUAUAACGAACUGCUGCAGGGCUAGCAUAUGACACUAUUUGUAUAUUUUUAAAGGAAUACAAGCUUUCCAUUUUGAAAACAAAGGUAAUAACAUUUUUUUCUAAAACAUCUGUAUUAAUAACUCGCCAGCAACGGUGCCGAAGCCUUUUGCCAUAAUUUGUCAACCGAGCCGAAGGCGAGGUGUGUUAGGGCGUUUUGAGACUUUUGAGUAAUUUCAUAAUGCCAUUUUGGCAAAAGCUGUCUAUUUUCCAUAGUGUCUCAACACGCCCCCCUAGAGUUAAGCUUGCAACACUCAAGACUAUUUUACUCUAAAUCUUGAUAUAUCUUAGAUAGUGUCUAUCUAAUAUAAGGCUAAGCCAAUUGAUCAUUUUUUGCAAGUUGACUUGCUUAUUGGCCACACAUUAUCAUAAGGAUAAUGUUGAAUUCUAUAAAAGUUAACCCUUUGAACACUACGUGAAAUCAAAGAGGAUCGAGUGUAUAGAGAAUUACUGUCCAAGUAAAAUGUGUAGACACCGUGCAUACACUGCCAUCUCUCGACACAGGAUUAAAACUUUUGAACCUCAGUUUUGACAAUUUGGCCAUGUGUUAAAAUUGACAAAUAUUAAUAUUAGCGCCAUCUAGCCGAGAAUCACCCAAAGGUGCAACGCCAUCUAGUCGAGCGUGCAAUUUUCUUGAUGGCUGCGAGGUACUUACGUUUUCUUCUUAAACUGUAUCGACGGAGUUAUAUACGUCUCUGGUGAAGUCAAGGUUGACAUUGUCUUUAGCCGCGCGUCAGUUGACAUCUAUAGCGGCAAAGGGGUUAUAAUUCCAUUUGUGUACAUAUUUUUGCACAGCGUUGGCGCUUUCAUACUUGCUUACCCACACUGCGUGUGGUCAGUGUAUCGUUGUUACGAAUUUUAUAAAUUUUUUCUAAUCUAUACAGUUUAUCUCAUUAGUACAGUUAAUUUUGAGGUUUAAUUUGACCAAUGGGAUGAAUAAAUAUUGUGUUAUUAUCUGGGAUAAAGGUUGAACACGCCAAAAGCACAGAAUAAUAAAGAGUACUAUCGUACAGUAUGGCCACUCCCGCUCCCCGCUGAAAGUGCCGCCCACCCCCGCUCGGUUACCUCACAGUUACCGCCUGUCAAAACCGCGAAUAGUCGACCUAUCAUAUUUCACUCAUACAAGCAUAUGUACGCGUUCACCUACAUGAGCUUAGACUGUGUGCUAGGAACGCGUUUCUUUCAUAUAUUUGAUCGCCAGUGUCCAAGGUGUGCCAAAAGUGAGGCAUAUAAAUUCAUUUGCUGCUUCGUUAAAAUUAAUAUAGGAUUUUUAUUCAUGCCAUUUAAAUAGUAAAAAAAGUAUAGUUUUUAAAUAUAUCAGUUACUUUUGUAAACUAUUUAUAUAUGUAGUGAUAUCGAAUAGGCAACUGAAACAACGCGAACUUGUUUUGCAAGAAAACUCGCAAAAUCCAACGCUCAGCUACAGGGAUGUGGGUAAAGAAUUAAAAAAUCCACAAUCCACUGUUUGUUCCGUAUUUAAAAGGUUUCGGGAACGCCUAACUUUAAAACGAAAGCCAGGAACUGGUGGGUUGCUAUGUAUAAAGGAUAAAAAAAACCUUUAAAACAAGGAGGAACGCAUCUUAAGGAUAUUUUCUUCAAAUUGUAUGAUAUCAACUCGUGACGUGGCUAAAAGUGAAGAUGUCCCAAUCGUAUGUUCAAAAGGUGAAACGUAGAGCAGGACUAAGAAUUUUUUAAGCAAAAAACGGCACCUGAUCGGAAUGCAAGACAGAAUUCAGUAAUUUCAGUAGCAAAAACUCGAUCGAGAAGCUAUACGAAAAUUUACUAACAAAAUUUCACCGCGUUCUGAUGGAUGGCGAAACUUACUUAAAAUCCGAUUUCUAACAAAACCCUGGCCAAAGGUUUUAUACUACCAAAAAUAGCACAGAGGCUCGUCGAGAACGAGAAACCUGGACUAAAAAUGAUUUACAUUUAAAAUACAUUGAUCUUGGCCUUUGGGUAGUCUGUGGCCAAGAGUAAGCCCAUUCAUAAUAAUAAUUUAAAAAAAUAAGAUUAAUUUGCUCUUAGUUAAAUCAAACAUCUUUUAUUUAUUAUACAUCUUUUAUAAUAAACAUUUUAAGUGUGCCUUACUUUUGGCGUAUUCAACCUUUAAUAUGAUAUUAUAUUCAUAACUUUUUUUGUAACUUUAAAUUACAAUUACUUACAAUAACUGUUUAACAUUUUUUUCCUUUAAAAGGAAAAUACAUCUAAUUAUAAUGCAAAAUAGUAAAAUUUUGUGAUCCUUAAUAUGCCUCAUUUAGGAUCUUUUAAAUAUAAUCCCUUUAUUUUUAAAGGGUAUUUGGUAAUUUCUUAGCAUUACCUAGCUCUACGUAUCUCUACUGAAUUUACAUAUACAAUUAUGUAGAUAAAUAUAAUUAUACUUAAAUUUUGCAAUUGUUAUAAUUAUAAAUGAAUGGUGAGAAGGAACACCCAUCAAUUGUUUUUUUGUGUAAUUUUGUAUAAAAAGAAACUGAGCUUGAUUAAUAAAGGGACUCUCUAAACAAAAGGUAUCUUUUUGUGUGAAAUAACACAUUUAACAUUGGUGAACCGAAAUAACUAACAUGUCAAGAAAAUGACCAUAUGUUUUCGGUCUACAGCGGUUAUGACUUGAAUGUAUAUAAUGGCCAAAUUCAAAAUGGCUGCUUUCACAAAAUGGCGGCAACCUUUAACCGUCUAUAUCAUUGUUGAAUGUUUUCUAUGGUAGCUACUUUCUAUCUGUAGAAACGAUGUUUUAUCCUUGAAUUCCAUUCGUUAACUUAAUUUUCGAUAGACAAGUUUUCCGUAAGAAACGCUUUCUAUUUUCUGCAAUUAAUUUGUACCUUAGAAUAGUUGAUAUUGACAUGUCCGAUAAGUCUUCUAUAAUAGAUUACCUUUUAUAUUGUAAAUGUUUAUGAAACGAUAGAAUUUUGAAAUCUAAAAAACUAACUGAGUCCUAUGCAAAAAUACUGAGUUGUGAGGAUUUUACCUAUGAAUUAUUGUAAUAGUUUAACUAUAGUCAAAUUAAUAAUCUAUGCUUGCAGGAGGUAUAGCUUGGCCCGCCAACUGCAAGAAUAUGAAGAAAAAAAACGUAUUUCCAAAAAAAAUGUCUUAGUUGGCUGGCCCAACUAUAUUUCCGUCAUUUCAUACACGCAAUUUUAUAAUAACUUAGAUACAAUGAAUUUUAAACGAACUUUCGCAUACAAAAAUAGUGUUCUUUAGUUUUAAGUUCAACAACAGUAGUUUCAAAAAGCUAUUUUUAUAGUUUUUGGAAAACGCUGUUUUUUCUACGCCAAUGCCGAUGGAAAUACAUAACAUUCUACUUUGAUUAGAUGACGAAGUUUUUUAUUUCUCAUCGGCGUUACCAUUAGUUUUUACUUUUUAGUGUAAAGUAUGGAUUUAUUUACGAAUAUUAUGCUGCCAUUAAUAAUUUUCCCUUUUAUAUAUCAAUUUUAAUAUUCAGUGUCAGACUAUUGAACUAAUAGACGUGACGAGACGCGUAAUAAUUCGUGUUAUAAAGUCAGAAUCACUAGAUGGCGCUGUUGCUAUAGUUCAUUCGUAUAUUAGUUCAAAUGUCUCGUGUUAUCAACAUUGUGUUGGCAACCCUAGGUACAAUUGAAUGGAAAAAGUAAGGUAUAUUUUAAAGCCCUCAAAUGCCUGUGAUAUUUUUGGAGUUCACCUAUUCAGAGGGAUUAUAGCAAUAUGGGUAGGAAAUGUAUAUCAAAAAGAAAUCCAAGUGUUUCACAAAUCGCUAGGGCUGUACAUCCAAUGUUUAGAUAAAUCUGAAUUGAUUUCAACUGGCCUCUUAGCUUCUAUGUACAGUGUUAAGUCUUGUAAAUAGAUUAAUCAAAGCAUUACGACAUUAUAUCAAAUGAAUUUCGAUGCUAGUGCACAAUUAUGUUGAAAAUAGUAUUUAUAAUUAACUCUGUAACAAUGUAGCACAACACUGUGUGCUAAUUUGAAAUAAAUAAAAUCAAUUCAACUAUG